AACAGAGAUGGAUGAAACUGGGGACAAACCCUUGGAGAGUGAAGAGAGCAGUUUUAGGACAACGCCCGAGUCUUGCUUUACUGUGAGCAGCCACACAGGAAAAACGCCUGGGGAAAAUGCAACAGCCCAACAUCUAGAAAAACACACCGAUGAGAAACCCUACAUGUGUGGGGAGUGUGGGUACAGGACAGGUGACAGGUCUUACUUAUCCCGACAUAUGAGAAUCCAUACAGGAGAAAAACCCUACAAGUGUGACCAGUGUGACUACUCUGCAGCAGUAAAAUCCUCUUUGGACCAGCAUGUAGCAAAGCACACUGGUGAGAAACCCUACAUGUGUGAGGAGUGUGGGUACAGGACAGCUAAAAAGUCCCACUUAUCCGAACAUAUGAGAACCCAUACAGGAGAAAAGCCCUACAAGUGUGACCAGUGUGACUAUUCUGCAGCAGUAAAAUCCUCUUUGGACUUACAUCUAGCAAAGCACACUGGUGAGAAACCCUACAUGUGUGGGGAGUGUGGAUACAGGACAGCUAAAAAGUCUCACUUAUCCGAGCAUAUGAGAACCCAUACAGGAGAAAAACCCUACAAGUGUGACCAGUGUGACUUUUCUGCAAAACAGAAAUCUGGUUUGAACGUUCAUCUAUCAAAACAUACCGGUGAAAAACCUUUUAUGUGUGGGGAGUGUGGGUACAGGACAGCUGUGAGGGGCAACUUGUCCCAACAUAUGAAAACCCAUACAGGAGAAAAACCCUACAAGUGUGACCAGUGUGACUAUUCUGCAGCUCAGAAAUCAGACUUGGAUGAUCAUCUAGCAAAACACUCUGGCGAGAAACCCUACAUGUGUGGGGAGUGUGGAUACAGGGCAACUCGAAAGUCUCACCUAUCCAUGCAUAUGAGAACCCAUACUGGAGAAAAACCCCUACAAGUGUGACCAGUGUGACUAUUCUGCUGCACGGAAAUAUGAUUUGGAUAAACACCUAGCAAAACACACCGGUGAGAAACCCUACAUGUGUGGGGAGUGUGGAUACAGAACGGC